AUGGCGCGCACGUCCGCCAAGCUUCCCUCUACCAAGCCUCCACCUGCUACAGAAGCCAAUCAGAGAACGACCUUCGUCUACAGGUGGACUAGGGAUAUGGUCCUCUGUUCGCACCCAGCUCUCAAAGCUGUUCAGAGUCGCUGUCACUAUGAGGUCACGAUCGGAGCCGCCCAGGCGCUCGAGGUCCUCCAACUACCGGAUCUUGAAAGUGCAGCCUCUACCCAGGCGCCGUCGAUCUUCGAUAUCAAUGCCGGUGCCAUUGUCUCUGACUUGGAUGACUUCGACUUCAGUGAUACCCACAAGAGUUUUGAAGCCCUUGAUGGCCUCCAAGGAGAACCAUAA